ACCCAGUCUGGCCCUACUCCCGGUGGAGAGCAAGGUUUCCUGCUGUCUUAUAGUCAACCGGAACAAUGUUCUACGCGCAUUUUGUCCUCAGUAAAAGAGGGCCUCUGGCCAAAAUUUGGCUAGCGGCCCAUUGGGAUAAGAAGCUAACCAAAGCCCAUGUGUUCGAGUGUAAUUUAGAGAGCAGCGUGGAGAGUAUCAUCUCACCCAAGGUGAAGAUGGCGCUUCGAACAUCAGGACAUCUCUUACUGGGAGUAGUUCGAAUCUAUCACAGGAAAGCCAAAUAUCUCCUUGCAGAUUGUAAUGAGGCAUUUAUUAAAAUAAAGAUGGCUUUUCGGCCAGGUGUUGUUGACCUGCCUGAGGAAAACCGGGAAGCAGCUUAUAAUGCCAUAACCUUACCUGAAGAAUUUCAUGACUUUGAUCAGCCACUGCCUGACUUAGAUGACAUUGAUGUGGCCCAGCAAUUCAGCCUGAACCAGAGUAGAGUGGAAGAGAUAACCAUGAGAGAAGAAGUUGGGAACAUCAGUAUUCUACAAGAAAAUGAUUUUGGCGACUUUGGAAUGGAUGAUCGUGAGAUAAUGAGAGAAGGCAGUGCUUUUGAGGAUGACGACAUGUUAGUAAGCACUAGUACUUCUAACCUCUUUCUCGAGCCCGAGCAAAGCACCAGCAACCUGAAUGAGAAAAUCAACCAUUUAGAAUAUGAAGACCAAUAUAAGGAUGACAAUUUUGGAGAAGGAAAUGAUGGUGGCAUAUUAGACGACAAACUUAUUAGUAAUAAUGAUGGCGGUAUCUUUGACGAUCCCCCUACUCUCUCUGAGACGGGGGUGAUGUUGCCAGAGCAGCCUGCACAUGAUGAUGUGGAUGAGGAUGAUAACGUAUCAAUGGGUGGGCCUGAUAGUCCUGAUUCAGUGGAUCCUAUUGAACCAUUGCCAACUAUGACUGAUCAGACAACACUUGUUCCGAAUGAGGAAGAAGCAUUUGCUUUGGAACCUAUUGAUAUCACUGUCAAAGAAACAAAAGCCAAGAGGAAGAGGAAGCUAAUUGUUGACAGUGUGAAAGAGUUGGAUAGCAAGACCAUUAGAGCCCAGCUUAGUGAUUAUUCUGAUAUUGUUACUACUUUGGAUCUGGCACCGCCCACCAAGAAAUUGAUGAUGUGGAAAGAGACAGGAGGAGUGGAAAAACUUUUCUCUUUACCUGCUCAGCCUUUAUGGAAUAAUAGACUACUGAAGCUCUUUACACGCUGUCUUACACCACUUGUACCAGAAGACCUUAGAAAAAGGAGGAAAGGAGGGGAGGCUGAUAAUUUGGAUGAAUUCCUCAAAGAAUUUGAAAAUCCAGAGGUUCCCAGAGAAGACCAGCAACAGCAACAUCAGCAGCGUGAUAUUAUUGAUGAGCCCAUUUUGGAAGAGCCAAGCCGCCUCCAGGAGUCAAUAGUGGAAACUAGCAGAACGAACUUGGAUGAGUCAGCCAUGCCCCCACCACCACCUCAGGGAAUUAAGCGAAAGGCCGGACAAGUUGACCCAGAGCCUGUGAUGCCUCCGCAGCAGGUAGAGCAGAUGGAAAUACCUCCUGUUGAGCUGCCCCCAGAAGAGCCUCCAAAUAUCUGCCAGCUAAUCCCAGAGCUAGAACUUCUGCCAGAGAAGGAGAAAGAGAAGGAGAAGGAGAAAGAAGAUGAUGAAGAGGAGGAGGAUGAAGAUGCUUCAGGGGGUGAUCAGGAUCAAGAAGAAAGAAGAUGGAACAAAAGAACUCAGCAGAUGCUUCAUGGUCUUCAGCGAGCUCUCGCUAAAACUGGAGCUGAAUCUAUCAGUUUGCUUGAGUUAUGUCGAAACACGAACAGAAAGCAAGCUGCAGCAAAGUUCUACAGCUUCUUGGUUCUUAAAAAGCAGCAAGCUAUUGAGCUGACACAGGAAGAACCAUACAGUGACAUCAUUGCCACACCUGGACCAAGAUUCCACAUCAUUUGAGCAGCUAGAAGCAUUAUAGCUAGUGUUCAUUUCACUAGUGUGUACAAAUUGCCCCCAUGUGCAGGGCACACAAAACCCUUUGAAAAAUUUAGAUUUUUGUCUGUACAAAGUCUCUACCUUUUUCUUUCUUCGUUUUUUUCCCCAGUAUUUUAAAUUUCUUAAUUUCAUCUUUAAAGGAAACUACUUAAAUGGGUUGUUCUGUGUUCUGAUGGUGAAAACGAGCAGCCCAAGGACCCAGAAGAUUAUUUUAACAGUUCGUAACAGAUGUGUGCAAUAUUGGUGCAUGUUGAGUAGCAGUCGAAAGUCAUGAUUUUUAUCUUUGUUCUCCAUUAGUGCAUUGAAAAGAUAAAAUUGUCUGGGAAAAUGCUGGACAAUUUAAUUAAAAACUAUGGUGCAAGUCUCUGACAAAACAAAUUUUUUCCAUCAGUACACGGGCAGUCUUUCUGUUAACCACUGUGCUAAAUAUAAUUCUGUAAAUGAGCAAGGAUGGAUGUGAAAUUGUGUUGUAACUGAUUCCUUUCAGCUACAAAAGGAUAGGAAUUACGGGGUUUAAAAUGUUAGAUUUUGUACAUCAUUCCAUUUGAGCCCUCAUGAAUCUUACUAUCCUGAAAUCUUGUUUAAUGAGGCUCCAAAAUGAACAGAAACACUUUUUUUUUUUUAAGUAGAAUGAUUAAAAAAAAUUUUUGUAACUUUCCAGGAGCUAUAAAUCAAAGUUUUUAAAAGAUGUUUUGAUAUAUUUGUCUCAAUAUUCAGAUCAUGAAAAUAGAAAUUGCCGUGCCUCUUCUAAAAAUACAGAUUGAUGGGAAAUCAUACACUUGGUUGACUUAGGCUUUAAGCAGAUGAUGCUGUAAAAACUAAUGGCUUCUCUGAUAUUUAUUGUUAUAAGUUUUAGUACUGAUCUCUUUUUCCAAUGCUGCACACUCCUGUGUUUGGAACUUUAUUUUAAUAGCUUUGCAACAGAAAUCCUAUACCCGGUUUCCUGUAAUUUAAGUGAAGAAACACACAUCCAAAUAAAGAUUUUUUUAUUAAAAGACCAGAUAGCAUCAGAAAUUAUGCGACUAUUAUGGUUAUCAAAACGUCGUAACUUUUUAGAGCAAAAUCACACUGAAAGUUCUAGCUUAAGUGUUGGCACUUUUGUGGGAAAAAAAAA